GUUAGUUGUUUUCGAUAAUUGUCAUUUUUAAUCCUGCUUCUCCGAGGCUGCGAGGGGAUAGUCUUUCAAAUCCCGUUAGUCCGACCGCAGUUAAUGGUUCUUCUAUUCUUACUGUUUGCAUCAUUGCUCUCCUUCCUGACGCUAAGCCGCGAAGUUGAUAUAGUAGUGCCGCUGAGCCCUCGAUCCAUUCCGAUUUCAUCUCUGUUCUAUACGACUUCAAGACAUUCUUUCAUAUCCAACUACUCACAACAUGUCAGCCACUGUAACGCAAAUCAGAACAGUCAAGGCUCCUUCCUCAAAGGCCCGAGCCCUCAAAUCCACCCAGAUCAAAGUCCAAGAGCAGGAGAUCACAUCACCCGACACAUCAGAUAUUCCUCUACCUCCCCUUUCCAAGAAACCAACCGAGAUCCUUCAAAUAGACCAAGGCACACCCGAUAGCCAUGUCCCGCGAGACCCUCGACUUAUCAGAUUAACUGGUGUUCAUCCUUUCAAUGUCGAGGCGCCGCUUACGCCACUCUUCCAAGAGGGCUUCUUAACAUCGCCCGAGCUAUUCUACGUUCGAAACCAUGGACCAGUGCCACAUGUCAGAGACGAGGAUAUUCCCAACUGGGAAAUCAGUAUUGAAGGGCUCGUUGAGAACCCAAUAACCCUAAGCUUCAAGCAAAUUCUCCAAAACUAUGACCAAAUCACUGCUCCCAUUACAUUAGUAUGUGCCGGAAACAGACGAAAAGAGCAAAACACCGUCCGGAAAUCAAAAGGUUUCUCAUGGGGUCCAGCUGGCCUGUCAACCGCCCUUUUUACCGGGCCUAUGAUGGCGGACAUUAUCAAGAGUGCUAAGCCGUUACGAAAGGCAAAGUACGUAUGCAUGGAGGGAGCGGAUAAGUUGCCGAACGGUUACUACGGGACGUCCGUCAAACUAAACUGGGUGAUGGACCCUAACAGGGGUAUCAUGCUAGCCCACAAGAUGAAUGGCGAGGAUCUUAGGCCGGACCACGGCCGUCCGCUGAGGGCUGUUGUUCCUGGUCAGAUUGGAGGCCGCAGUGUCAAGUGGCUGAAGAAGCUCAUCGUUACCGAAGCUCCAAGUGACAAUUGGUACCAUAUCUACGAUAACCGAGUACUGCCUACAAUGGUCACCCCGGAUAUGUCCUCACAGGACCCUUCAUGGUGGCGGGACGAACGAUACGCUAUCUACGACCUCAACGUCAACUCUGCCGCAGCAUACCCCCAACACAAAGAGGUCCUCGAUCUUGCCUCGUCAGGACCUAUAUACGCCGCAAAAGGGUACGCUUAUGCCGGCGGUGGACGACGAAUUACCCGUGUUGAGAUUUCCCUAGACAAGGGCAAAUCCUGGCGUCUCGCAAACAUUGAAUAUGCUGAAGACAAGUACCGUGAUUUUGAGGGCACCCUUUACGGCGGCCGCGUCGACAUGGCCUGGCGAGAAACCUGCUUCUGCUGGUCCUUCUGGUGCAUCGACAUACCCACGUCCGACCUCGAAAACAGCGACGCCAUCCUCGUUCGCGCCAUGGACGAAGCCCUAAGUCUCCAACCAAAGGACAUGUACUGGUCCGUCCUGGGCAUGAUGAACAACCCUUGGUUCCGCGUGACAAUCACCAAGGAGAAUGGGAAGCUGUUGUUUGAGCAUCCGACUGACCCCACUGGUCCGGGUGGCUGGAUGGAGCGGAUCAAGGCUGCAGGAGGUGACCUGACGAAUGGAAACUGGGGGGAGAGACAGGAAGGCGAGGAGCCUGUUGAGCCUGAGCCAGUGCAGGAGAUCAACAUGAAGAAGGAUGGCGUGAACAGGAUGAUCAGUUUGCAGGAGUUCAAAGAGAACUCGACGGACGAGCAGCCUUGGUUCGUUAUGAACGGGGAAGUAUACGAUGGCACAGCGUUCCUUGAAGGACACCCUGGUGGAGCACAAAGUAUCAUAUCGGCUGCGGGAACGGACGCUUCUGAGGAGUUUCUUGCCAUCCACAGUGAAACCGCCAAAAAGAUGAUGCCAGACUACCACAUCGGCACCCUCGACAAGGCUUCCCUCGAAGCCCUCCAAAAAGGCGACACGACCGACACCGCACCCACUACCCCACGAGAGGUCUUCCUAACAUCCAAGUCCUGGACAAAAGCCACCCUAGUCAAGAAGACAACAAUCUCUUGGGACACGCGCAUAUUCACCCUUGCGCUCGAACACCCAGACCAAUCCCUCGGUCUCCCCACAGGCCAGCACCUCAUGAUCAAGAUCCCUGACCCAAAGACCAAAGAAACCAUCAUCCGCUCAUACACACCAAUUUCCGAGACAGAUCAACGCGGUACAGUCGAUAUCCUCAUCAAAAUCUAUUUCGAUUCUCCGACAUGCCCAGGUGGGAAGAUGACGACCGCUAUUGAUCAACUGCCUCUGGACUCUGUGAUUGAGUGCAAGGGCCCGACAGGGCGAUUCGAGUACCUGGGUAACGGUAGAGUCCUCGUGAGUGGCAAGGAGCGCACGGUUCAGGAGUUUGUGAUGAUCUGUGGCGGCACGGGAAUCACGCCUGUUUUCCAGGUUCUGCGGGCCGUUAUGCAGGAUGAGGAAGAUUCGACGAGGUGCGUGCUGCUUGAUGGGAACCGACAGGAAGAGGAUAUUCUCUGCCGUGUGGAACUCGAUGCUUUUGAAAAACUGGACGAGAAGGGAGGAAAGUGCAGCAUUGUCCACACUUUGACCAAGGGUCCCGAGAACUGGACUGGUCGUAGGGGACGUAUAGAUGCGGAGCUCAUCAAACAGUACGCGGGUACUCCAAAUGACCAGAGUAUGGUCUUGGUAUGUGGGCCUGAAGCCAUGGAAGAGGCUUCGAAGAAGAUUCUUCUUUCCCUGGGGUGGGCCGAGUCCAGCCUUCAUUAUUUCUAGACAUGAUCAUCUUUUCUUCUUGAGCGAAUAGGGUUUGGCAACAGGCGUUGGUUAUUUCUGUGUACAGGGUAUAUGAUGUUAUGUCGAUAGAGAUGUGCUUUUGUAGUUUUAUAGAGCAACAUCAAAGAGGUUAUCUUCCUGACAGUCUAGUAAUAUUUCCUCAUGUCCAGUCGCACCAGAAGAUGGUCAAACACGUUGGUGGGCGUUUUUCUGGACGCAGGAGUCAUCCCAGACCUACCCCUGCUCCGAGGGUCAGACUUCGCUCCAUCAAGUCUGCGUAGAUACCCAACGAGCGCAGACAUUUGCUUUCUGAAGACGACGUAUAAGCGCUUGAUCACCGCCUCGCUCUCAUGGCGCACGCCAUGCAUCCCGUCCAUCCGCGACAGUGGAGCAAACUUGAGGAUCACAUCGAAUAUGUCAUCAAUCAAUUUGGCAACCUCGGCGUGCCGUUUGCUGAGAAAUAGCGCAAAGAGCAUUUGGUCCAAAGUUUCUUCAUGGUAAGCUCUUAGUCUUGA